GCUUUUCUACGUUUCAGUUCGAGUCCUGAGCUGUCCUUACACUGACACCUCUAGAUUUAAAUCAAAGCAAUGUUACGACUGCUUUUUGUCGUGGUGGUGAUUUUUAUAGGUUUAUCUAAUGGAGUUGGUGUGUUACCAGAUGGUCCUCUGAUUGCCUCUGUUGGAGGGACAGUAAAUUUCACAACAGACCUGAAUCCAACAGAAACACCAUUUACGUUUGUCAACUGGCAGUUUGAUAAUGGUUCAAAACCUCAAUUCAUAAUUAUAUCACAGUCUACUGGAGACACAACUGCACCAGAAUAUGAAGGCAGGCUCACUCUCUUCAGAUCAACUGGAUCUCUGGAACUCAGGGAUCUGAAACUCAGUGACAGUGGAGAGUACACAGUUACCAUUCAAGAUGGAAUGAAUCAACCGAUAGGACGCACCACAUUGAAUGUUUAUGAACCAGUCUCCAAUGUAAAUGUCUCCCUGCUAAGUUCAGACCUGAUUGAGUUCAACAGCUCCGUCAGUCUGUUCUGCUCCUCCUCUGGAUCUUCUCUCUCCUUCCUAUGGAUGAAAGACGGCUCUGAGGUCACAGACAGCGAGAGAGUUCAGAUCAACACAAAUGAAGAAAACUCCAAUCUGACAAUAGUAAAUGUGACCCGAAAUGACAAGGGAUCAUACACCUGCCAUGUGUCUAAUCUUGUCAGUUCUGUCAUCAGUGAUCCAGUAAAAAUCUCUGUUAGUUAUGGUCCAGAUAAUGUACAAAUAGAAGUGUAUCCAUCUAAGGAACAUCAUGAGAAAGGAUCAGACAUUAAUCUGACCUGCUCUGCUGACUCAACACCUUCUGCUGAAUAUCAGUGGUUUCUGAAUGGAGACAAGCUGACCAGUAGCGGUCCAUUGCUCAGACUGAUAAAUAUCCAGAUGAGUCAGAGUGGAAACUACAGCUGUCAGGCCUUUAACAGCAAAACUCUGAUAUCUCAAACAUCUGAACCUUCACCUGUCUCUGUUCAUGAGAGAGUCUCUAAUGUAAAGGUUACUCAAGACGUUACCCAUUUGAUUGAGUUCAAUGGGUCUGUCAGCUUCUCCUGCUCCUCCUUUGGAUCUUCUCUCUCCUUCCUCUGGAUGAACAGCAGCUCUCAGAUCACAACCAGUGACAGAGUUCAGAUCACUGAUGGAGGAUCCAAGCUGACUAUAGUCAAUGUGACCAGAUAUGAUGAUGGAUCUUACAGCUGUGAUGUUUCCAAUCCUGUCAGCAGUGCCAAGAGUUAUCCUGUAAACGUCUCUGUCAGCUAUGGUCCAGAGAAAGUCAACUUAGAAUCACCUUCUCAGAAAUAUCCAGAAGGGUUGAACAUCAGUUUGUCUUGUUCAGCUGACUCCAGACCUACUGCCACUUUUGAUUGGUUCUUUAAUGGAAAAGUUCUAUCCGGUUCUGGAUCUGAGCUUGAACUCCUCAAUGUUCAAAAGAAUCAGAGUGGAAACUACAGCUGUCGGGCCUUUAACAGCAAAACCUCAAUAUAUCAAUCAUCUCAACUUUUAAAUAUCUCUAUAGAAGGCACCUCUACAAAAGGAAGCUCAUUAUCCGCUGGAGCCAUUGCAGGAAUUGUAAUUGCAUGCUUAGUAUGCGCUUCUUUAAUUGUUCUUGGAGCGUACUUCAUACUUAAAAAAAAAAAACCUUGGGGGAAAACCUCAAAUAGAAAUAUUUCAGCAGGUGGGAACAGACGAGAUAAUGGUGUAAGUAGUAAUGAGGAGGUGACCUACGCAGAUGUCAGGUUUUCUAAGAACAAGAAACCUGUUCAAGCCCAGUGGGAAUCAGACAACCCCUCAUCAACCUACGCUGACAUCAGGACCAACAGAAACUAAAGCACUCUUCCCUCUGCGCUCAUGCAGCUGAAACCAAUCAGGCUGGCAGCCUGGUAUUAACUAAAUCCUGCUAAAACUUGACAUUUCUUUAAGCAAAAACCAACAAUGACAGAGCUGGCUGAAACUUGAUUGUUGGUUUGCUUUAGCAAAUUUAAGCAUUAGUUUACUUCAUUCUGUCACCGUAUUGUUUAAUAAUUAACUGACUCCAGCUCUUACUGGCAACAGAAAGCAGAAGGCAGAAUAUUUCCCCCUUUUCAUUUUAUGACUUUUGUAAAUGCAAAGUGAGCAGCAAUCUUCUCUUUAUGGUUCAAUUAUUUCUUUUAGUAUCAAUUUGGUCUAAAUAUGAGGUAAUGCAAGUGUUAUUCCUGAAAUGUGUAGUGUGUUCCUAGACAAAACUUAAGUUCAUACAUAUGUAGAUUCAGAGUGGAUAGACACAUAAUAGAAUCAUCAAGAUACAGAUUGUCUUGGUUCCAAUCUGAAUUUAGUGUAUCUUGUUAAUAUGUCAUUACAACUUUGGAUAAUACUAAUCUUGUGAUAAUGCAAAUCUAAAAUGUGAAGCUUCUGCAGUUGCUAUUAUAAAGAAGCUGCAGCCACAUUCAGUUUACAUUAGAUGCCAGAUUUUGCACUGAUAAAAAAGAAAUCCUCCAAUGUUUAGGGGUACAACGACACACAAAAGUCACUGUCUGAUUCAAUUUCAGUAGACAUUAAUCAAUACUUUGAGUAUUAAUAUGUGUACCAUCACAUAACAGGAAAGAUCUAGAAUGGGAAUGUUAAACAUCACUUAUCCUGUCAGGUUAUUGUAAUAGUUAACCUUUCUGGAAGCAGAAGUGCAAAUUUUAUUUUGAGAAGCUUAAGCAAGAAAAUAUUGUUUGUAAAUAUCAGAGCACUCCACUUAAGCUAAUUUGAUUAAUACAGCCAAAUGUGUGGUCAUAGUUUAGCGUGAUGUAUUCUUUGUUAUAGUUGUAGUACAGUUUUUAUACUGUGCCAACAUGAAACCACUGAAGUAACAAACUAAUUGUAGAAAGAAAAAACUUGGAUGGGCUUGACAUUCAUACCAAUGCAUGAUCAACAAAAAGAAA